AUGGCUGACUCAAACGAACAGCCCCCGGCUAAGAAAAGCCGCCAUGAAUCGCCUGAAGAGGAUGAUGCACCCACUUUGAAGGCACAGAGGACGUGGUCAACUCCACUACAGCCACAAAUGGAAGAGGAUGAAGAUGAAGGAGAUAAAGAUGGAGGAAAUAAAGAUGAAGAUGACGAUAAAGAUGAAGAUGAAGGUGACGACAAUAAUGCUAAAAGUGACGAUGAUGUUGGCAAAAGUGACGAAGAUAAACCGAGAAGUGACGACGAAACAAAAAGCGAGGAGGAUAAAGAGAAAACGGCUUUCGAUAACGACCAUGACGAUGGAACAAUUUCAUUGGAUGAAGAUGCCGAUCUAAUUGAGUCACGUAGCAAGAAAGAAAUUCCUGUGGAAGCGGUCAACAUGGAUGAAGAAAAAAGACUUGGGCCACUCUGA